CGCGCGGUUCGAGCGGCCGGUUGCCCCCUCCGCGCGUGUCCGUCCGUCCGUCCCCACCCCUCCCUCUCUCUCGUGCUCGGUGACGCCGCCGCCGCGGAGCCUCCUCGCGGUCCAUGAGCCGGUUGCGGAGCGCUGCUUUUGCAGGUACGAUGGCUCGUGUCUUCGUCUACGGCACGCUGAAGAAGGGCCAGCCCAACUACAAGCACAUGAUCAACCCGGCCAACGGGCUAGCAAAAUUCCAAGGAAGAGGCCGCACGGUGGAGAAGUACCCACUGGUGAUUGCGGGAAAAUACAACAUUCCUUACAUGCUGAACAUCCCAGGGACGGGACACCACGUUGCUGGGGAGAUUUACUCAGUUGACGACCAGAUGCUGCAGUUCCUGGACGAGUUUGAAGGCUGCCCAGACAUGUACCAGCGCACCCUGAUGAGCGUCGAGGUGGCAGAGUGGGAAGGGAAGGGCAGCGCGGGCGAGGGGCUGGCAGCGGCCGAGGGCGUCGUGGAGUGCUUCGUGUACAGCACGACGACGUACCCACCCGAGUGGGUCGGCCUCCCCUACCAUGACAGUUACGACUCCUCGGGGAAACACGGCCUCGCCUACGUCCUACGCGAAAGCCGGGAUUAGAAACGGGAGGUAACGCAGCCCGGCCGAAGACGUAGUACUAAGCACGUGUCGAUCGGUAACCUUUCCAGGAAAGCUGUAAUACCUUUUUAUUAAAACACGGGAUCUCUUGUAACCUUCCCAACCCGGGAGCCUUGGCGCUAGUGUUGAAGUCUUGUAGGCCCAGCGGCGGGGACUCCUGCCCGGCUAGUCAGCGUCCUCCUCGCCCCCGCUAACCUGCUGCGAGUAACUGGGUUUGCACGAGGCCUAAAAUAACUGUAUCUGUGCACCCCGGUUUUGAGGUCUAAUUAUUUCCUCAAUCCCUGCCUUUGCCUCAGUGCAUGACUGAGGUCAGUGAAAAGCAGAGGAACUGACUAAUUUUUUUUUUUUUUUUUUUUACCUGAAUUGACAAAUUUUCUUGUGUAGUUCUCCAAGGUGGGUGGAAUAAUAAUGAUGAUGAUAUUGCACUAAUAGCUGAAACUGAUUUACAAAAAUCAUGUCUGCAAAGUAAUGCACAACUCGCGUAUUGACUUGUAAUGGUGUUGAGUAGGUUACUGAAUGUAAACAGAGAUGACCAUAUAGAUAUUAUGCACUUCAAGACAAAUUUGAAAUUGCUGGAGAAAUAGAGAAAAUUUAAAGACUGUUCUCACUCUGUCUUGCAACGCUUUUCUGCACUGGAAAGGAGUAUUUUUAAAACAUGUUUAGUUUUAUAAGGUACUGUGAAGAAAUAUUAAAACAGAUUAAGAGGAUUACAUUUAAAAUACUUUUAAUUUAGCAUUCUAAGCACUUUAGCUACCACUUCAGUUCACUGAGUGACUGUAGGAUUUGGGGGGGCUGUGGGGGGUGCGGGUGGUGUUGGGGACCAGGAAAAGCAAACUUGAUUUCAGCUGCCCACCAUGCUACAGCGGAUGCAGCUGUUGUGAGCACUUACUGUCAAGGUGACUUUUUGCCAAGCACUUUAAUGCAGAACUUGCAACCGUAUGCAAACUGAAUUUCCUAGCAGGGGAAAGAUUUUUAUAUACAUUAUAAAAAAUAUCCAAAGGACCUGUAUUGUGAUUAAUGCAAUAUUUAAACUGCAGGCAGAAAAAAAAAAAAAAAAAAAACAAAUGGAAAGAAGACUAUUGUCCCCUUGACCCAACCAACUGUGCUGGUGUCUGUACAAUCUGGGAAAAUCAUGGCUUUCUGUUGCUACGCUCCUGUGCCUUGUAUUUUCCUUCAACUGCAGUGUUUGGUACAUAUAGAUUGUACAGUAUACAAAGAAGCCAAAGGGAUGUGAGCAGGGAAUGUAUGCCAUGCAGUGAGCCGAAGUAUGAUUAAAUGUACUAAGGAUACCAUUAAAACAAUAUCGUACUUUUGCUCUGCUGCCAGUAGCCCUGUGACGGCCAGAGGAGAUCAGGGUAGGGAAUCAUCAGCCUGAACUUUUAUCGGGAGUAGGCACUGCUGCAUCUCGUUUAGAAAAACAGACAGAAAGCUUGUGUUGCUGCAGUAAACAAAUCAAGUCAUUUUAAAAUAGAAUACUUGUGUCGGUUCACAAUAUUUGUUUUCUGUUUAGGGUGACCUGCAGAAGCUGAACUGUGUUCUUCUAGGAAAGGGCAAGAUGGCAUUAUGGAGAUUGGUAGGAAGAUCUGCAGGGUGUCUGCCUCAGUUUCUCCAACUGCAAAAGCAUUCAUUUUCCCGGAGGGCAAGUACUACCCAAACACUCCCCUUACUCAUCUUUGAUGGAUUUUGUAAACCAGUUAACAAAGCAGACCCCUGUACUACAUAAUUCCCCCUUGGCCGUGUGAUGUGGCUGGCAGCAUCACAGUAACAUGACAAAAUGCCUCUUCAAUCAGAAGUUUCAAGCAGAAUCAUGAACCUUUCUGGUUGAACCGUGAGUCACCAGCCCUGUCACAGACUGUUUUUGUCCUUCACCUUCCGGUAAAGGGCUGGGGCACCUCUGGCCAGAGGGGUUUUUCUGGGGAGUAGCAUGACUCUGCACAUCCUAGGCAAGAAAAUGAGAGCAGCCCCCCUUCCUCACUGGAGCAGUGGUCAAGGCACAGCAGGAACAGUGACUUACAGGUAUGUAAAGAAGAACCAGCUGCAGGAGGUGAGACUAAGGCAGGAGUAGCCCAGGGUGCCGGCCCAGGGGUGGGCGGCCGCGGAGGCGCAGGCGAGAGCACAGGGACAGAGGUGAUGCUUAGGGUGUGCAGGGACUGCGGGGGUAUCGCUGCCUCUAGUGAGCUGCAGCUGCUGACUUACUGAGCUAGAUCAAUUAAUGGGAGAAAGAGUCUCUUGUUAACCACGGGCUAACAUUCUGAACCCAGCAAACUUCUGGUAUCUCCACCCUCCAGGGGCACGGAGGUCCAGAGGGAGGAGGCAAAAAAAAUACACCCUCUUACCUGUUCUGACCAAGUCACCAGCUCUCGCUUCUGUUCGUGUUUCAAAUCUUCCUCCUCUCCUCGGCCUCUCUAGUUUCCUACACUGGAUACGCAGCUUUUCCCGCAGGAUGAUAGUCUUGUGUUACGAACAGGCCUAGUUUCUCACAGAGUCUUUAGCAAAAGCCUCUGCACAACAAAAGAUCAGACGCUUGAGCUCCUGAGCUCCCCUUCCUGUAAGAUUUCAGGAGGAGGCUGGGCCUGAGGGACAGCAGGUGCCUCUAGCACUGCCCUGGGGGCAGCUAAGGGGCUUCAAGGACAGUGCCAGCUCCUCCUGUAAGGACUCUCAUCCAGUAAUCAACUGAAAGAAGAUAAAGGGGGUGGGGGGGGUGGAAGUUGAGUAUGGAGUCCGAAUAAAAGAAGAAAACUCCCUCUACAACUGUAAAUGAAAAUACAUGGGGAAAGUCUGCACUAGCAAAAUGGACCAUCUAACCUGUAAUUUACAUCUGGUCUAUACCAAGGCUUCAAAAUACUACAAUAAGUCUGAUCAGAAUUGAAGCCAUCGGCAGUACUCGUUCAGCACUCACACAGAGCGUAGGAAAACUGCUCGGUUAACCACUCAGUGGUUCGUUUUUCACUCUUACCAACCGUUCUGUACAAUUUGGCUGGGCCCUCAAACCAGUGAUGUUACCAUGGAGAAGAUGAAUCAGAUUCAGGCUUUUGUUGUGUUUUCCUUUUUUUUUUAAAAAAAGAGGCUUUUCCUGUUUUAAAGCAGUAAUGGUAUUUUAUUGAUUUUAUUUGAUCCUGAAAAAUCAAAGAAUUACAAAGGUUAUGUACAAGUAUUUCUGGAAGUAAAAAUCUGGGAUCACUUGCCAAGGUUUAACAUCUGUGUUUGCUGUCUUAACCACUGAUACAAUAAAUACAAUUGUAUAAAA